AUGACAUCAGAACAUAAGGAUUGUGAUGGAAGAAUUCGAUGUCCUUGUGUGAGAUGUAUAAAUAGUAGGUUUGAAAAAAUAGAUAGGGUUAGAGCACACGUAUUUGAUCAAGGUUUCAUGCAAGGAUAUGAGAAGUGGAUUUAUCACGGCGAGCCUGAGGAUGUUGUCGAUGAUGUAGCAGUUGGCGAUGUUGAAUCAGAGGAUGAAAUGAUUCCUAUUCUAGAAGAUUUCUUUCCCCCAACAACAGAGGAUGUACAAGGAGAAGAUGAACAACCAACCACAAACCCUCAUUUUGAUGACUUAUUUGAGGAAAUUGAAGCUGAAUUAGGAAAAAUUCCUAAUAACAUCUUUGAAGAAUUGUUGAAGCUUUUAAAGUUUGCAUUUCCAAAGGAAAAUAAUAUUCCAGCAACUUACUACGAGGCAAAAAAGAGAUUGAAGAAAUUAGGCUUGGGUUAUGACUCUAUCCAUGUCUGUUUGUAUAAUUGUUGCCUAUUUUAUAAGGAGAAUGCAUCCAAGGAGGCUUGUCCAGUUUGCGGAACUAGUCGUUGGGUUACUUCCGAGAACGGCAAAGGAAAAAAAGUUCCUUGCAAAGUCAUGCGAUACUUUCCGUUGACACCUCGACUUAAAAGAUUAUAUAGUUCGAGGAUUACAGCGAAGAGCAUGAUAUGGCAUCAUACUGGAAAAUCAAAAGAUGAUGGGGUGUUGCGACACCCGGUCGAUGGUCUAGCUUGGAAAGACUUUAAUGCAAAACAUCCCGAGUUUGCAAGGGACCCAAGAAAUGUUCGACUUGGGUUAGCUGCUGAUGGAUUUAAUCCAUUUGGCAACAUGAGUCUUGCAUACAACAUGUGGCCAGUGGUGUUGGCUAAUUAUAAUCUACCACCUUGGUUAUGUAUGAAAGAUAAUUAUUUUUUGCUAUCUACCCUAAUUCCUGGUGCAAAAUCUCCGGGUAAAGACAUGGAUAUAUUUUUAAGACCGUUGGUGGAUGAAUUAAAGGAGUUGUGGAAUAAUGGGGUACCAACGAGAGAUAGUUCGACCAACUCGAUGUUCACCAUGCGUGCUGCGCUUUUGUGGACAGUGAAUGAUUUUCCUGCUCGUAGUAGCUUGUCUGGGUGGAGUGGUCAAGGUUAUAAAGCUUGCCCUACUUGUAAUGAAGACACGACGUCCAUUCGAGUGAUCGGGAAGACAUCAUAUGUUGGUCAUAGAAGGUUCUUGCCAAGUAACCAUGCAAUGAGAAGGGAUACUCGAUUUUAUGGUAAAGUUGAAAGAAGACCUCCUCCAAGACGAUUUACUUGUGAAGAGAUAUUAUCACAAGUUAAUACUCUCGAACCCCAAAUUCCCGGACAUCAUGAAAAUUUUGGUGGCGUGAAACGUAGAAGAGUUGCAGAAACUUGUAAUUGGAGGAAAAAAAGUAUUUUCUACGAGUUGGAGUAUUGGAGCACGAAUAUUUUAAAACACAACCUUGAUGUCAUGCAUGUUGAGAAGAAUGUGUGUGAUAGUCUCCUAGGAACCAUCUUGGAUAAUGAUAAAUCAAAGGACACAACCAAUGCGCGACAUGAUUUAAAGAAGAUGGGUAUUAGGGAAUCAUUGUGGAUUUAUGAAGAUGGGAAUGGCAGGCUAAUAAAACCGCAUGCUCCUUAUGUUUUGACUCGUGAGAAAAGACAACUAUUUUGUCAGUUUGUUAAAGGAAUCAAGUUUCCCGAUGGCUUCUGUUCAAAUUUAAAGAGCAAAGUUUCUCCAGAUGAGUCAAACAUUAUUGGGUUAAAAUCCCACGAUUGUCAUGUCAUUAUGCAGCGAGUACUAGCGAUUGGUGUCCGUAAAUUUCUACCUCGUGACACUGCAACAACUAUUAAGCUGUGUAAUUUUUCUCGACAAUUAUGCUCGAGAACUCUAAAUGUAAAAGAUAUGGAGGAUGCUCAAAAUAAUUUAAUUUUGUCAUUAUGCAAGAUGGAAUUGAUUUUUCCUCCAGCUUUUUUUGACAUAAUGAUACAUUUGGUAUUACAUUUUCCUGAAGAAGCGAUACUGGGUGGCCCAGUCUUUAUGAGAUGGAUGUAUCAUUUUGAAAGGUACAUGAAAAAAUUGAAGAAUUAUGUGGGAAACAAGGCACGUCCUGAAGGGUCAAUUGCAGAAGGUUAUGUUGCUGAUGAGGCAGUAACCUUUUGUUCAAUGUACUUUAAAGAGUGUGAAACAAGAUUUAAUCGGCUUGAUCGAAAUGAAGACGCGCCUUCUAUAUAUGAGUUGCACAAGCUUGGAACUUUACAAAAUGGUGAUGAGUUACUCGCUCUAGCUUCUGGCUCCGAUUACAUAGAUACAUUUUACGAAGGUUGUGUAGUGAAUGGUGUUCAGUUUAUUGCGUCGAAGCGAGACCAAAAGCGGAAGACACAAAAUAGUGGUGUUACUGUUGCUGGAACUGAAGGGUUUAAUUACUACGGCACACUUGAAGAUGUAAUCACUGUAUCUUAUACUGGUGCAUAUACAGUGACAUUGUUUGAAUAUGAACCGUACAUCCUUGCUAACCAGGCGAAGCAAGUUUUCUAUCUUGAAGAUCCACUCAGAGGUCGCGAUUGGAAGGUUGUUGAAGAUAUUAGCCAUCGACAAAUUUGGGACAUUAAUGACAAUGAAGAUGAGACUGAUGUUGAUGUUGUUAGUGAUUCUAACUCUUCCAAUUUUGUGUUGACGGUUGAUCUUGGAGAGUUGAUUAGUGGAUUUUGA